UGCGAACACGAGCACGCCCGGGGUGGCCUAAAUAAGCUCCCAUAACCGUAUCUACCAAGCAUCUGCAUCUUCCCAAAGCUCUGGGUUUUCUUCGGCUGUAACCGCAAGUUUGUUUACUUUAACCUCAACUUCGUGAGGCUCAACAAGUCUGCACACAUGGAGAUCCCAGGCCACCCACAGUGUUGGAUAUGGAACUGUCAAGUUGGCCCCUUUUCCAGCCCUUACCUUACCAGCGCCUCUUGCCGUAACUCGAAACAAUCAUUCGACGACGACGGAAAACUCGGAAAUUAUCUACACAUACCGCAUACGUAUACCAUAGUCACCGCCUCACAGCUCAUUUCUGGAGGCCUCUGGCGAUACACAGGUCUGCCGAAGGUCUGCGAUGUUGCCGGUAUGGUCCCGUCGCAUGUCCGCAGGAUUUGCUCCGACAUACAAACUGUCCGGAGCCCGCGCCCCCCGUCCUGCGAAUAAGAAGUACGGAGCACGGCACAGUAUCUUGGGAUCACAUGCUUUUGAAGUUUUGAAAGAUCCCGGCUGCGGGCUGAUUUAUUGUGCGAAUUGUGGCUCAUAAUGAAACCAUGUACAUCAAAUGGCUCACCAGGGGUAUCGACGCCCAAAUUCCUCGGUGUUUUAAGAUGGUGCUGAGGUCAUAGACGAGGUGGGUUCGGUAUCAUGGCACCGCGGUACUCCGUAAAGAUGCCAAGGGCCACGGUGAGCCCUCUGCCGGUGGGCACGUGAGCAGUGCGGUGAACGGUGAGGGCGAACGGCAAUCUGGGGUUCAAACGACAGGGGUCUUUUGCCGGCCGGUGGCCACUCCCCACUAAAUUUUCAUGUCGCCCGCCCACUCGAAUUGGAGACAUUUGCAAUCGUCCCCUCCGAUCCCGCAAUCCACUCUCCAUUCGUCUUGAUAUCGCUGUGUGUUUUUUGGAAUUGGCGAGAUUGUUGCUCUCUCAAGACAAUCAUGUUUGCGCCUGUGAGAAGAAGUCUAGCUCUGGCUGCAAGCCGGGGUGGCCGCCAGGUCCUCCUGUCAGCGAGGAGUCAGCGACCAUUGUCGAUUCCUCGAGUGCGCACCGCCGCCUAUUCCACAACACCACGCCUUCGUCAAGAAGCCUUCCACUCCCAGCUCGAGAACGCUGCCCCUCUUCCCUCCGCCAAGUCUGCCACCCAAACACCACAAACAUUGACCGAGAAGAUCGUCCAGAGAUACUCGGUGGGCCUUGCGCCAGGCAAGACGGUCAAGUCUGGCGACUAUGUGACCCUCGCACCACACCACUGCAUGACGCACGACAACUCAUGGCCAGUCGCCAUGAAGUUCAUGUCCAUCGGCGCCUCCAAGAUUCAUGACAACAGGCAGGUCGUUAUGACGCUGGACCACGACGUCCAGAACAAGAGCGAGGCCAACUUGAAAAAGUAUCGUCAGAUCGAGGAGUUUGCUGGCAAGCACGGCGUUGACUUUUAUCCUGCUGGUCGGGGUAUUGGUCACCAGAUCAUGGUGGAGGAGGGCUAUGCGUGGCCAGGAACCGUCACUGUUGCCUCGGACUCCCACAGCAACAUGUAUGGUGGUGUGGGCUGCCUGGGUACACCCAUGGUGCGCACCGAUGCUGCCAGCAUCUGGGCUACAGGGCGAACCUGGUGGCAGAUUCCCCCAAUUGCCAAGGUUACCCUCACUGGCAUUCUCCCACCUGGAGUAACUGGCAAGGAUGUGAUCGUCGCUCUUUGCGGUCUGUUCAACAAUGACGACGUUCUCAACCACGCCAUCGAGUUUACCGGCUCUGAGGAGACCAUGCGUAGCCUUUCCAUCGAUGACCGUCUGGCUAUCGCCAACAUGACCACCGAGUGGGGUGCUCUCAGUGGACUGUUCCCUAUCGACUCUGUCUUGCAGCAAUGGCUCAGAGCCAAGGCGACGACGGCGGCCAUGUUCAACCCCGAGGCCGCCAAGGGCAAGUUCACACACGAAAAGAUUGACGAUUUGAUCAACAACCAGCUCAGAGCCGACCCUGGUGCCACCUAUGCCAAGUCACUCUAUCUCAACCUGUCUACUCUCUCGCCAUUUGUUGCUGGCCCCAACUCCGUCAAGGUUGCUACCCCACUUAAGGACCUCGAGGCCCAGGAUAUCAAGCUGAACAAGGCCUACCUCGUUUCUUGCACCAACUCCCGUGCCUCUGAUAUCGCCGCCGCCGCUAAUGUCUUCAGGGAAGUCGCCAAGGACGGCGUUAUUCCCAAGGUUGCUGAGGGUGUCAAGUUCUACAUUGCUGCUGCUUCUACGCUGGAGCAAGCGGCUGCUGAGGAGGCGGGUGACUGGCAGGUGCUCCUUGCCGCUGGUGCCGAGCCCCUCCCCUCUGGCUGUGGCCCUUGUAUUGGUCUCGGAACUGGUCUGCUCGAGCCCGGUGAGGUCGGUAUCAGCGCCAGCAACCGCAACUUCAAGGGCAGAAUGGGUUCCACCGAUGCCAAGGCCUAUCUUGCCAGCCCCGAAGUCGUUGCUGCCAGCGCCCUCAAGGGCAAGAUUGCUGGUCCAGGCUGGUACCAGAAGCCAGAGGGUGUCGAGAAGGUCAUCAUUGGCGAGGGUAACGGAGAUGUGGUGCAGGACAAGGCCAUAAGCAUUGAGGAGGCUCUCGACAAGCUGAUCGCUCAGGCCGACAGCAUGAUUGCCAGUGCUGAGAAGGAGUUCUCUGGUGACGAGGCUGCUGCUGCUGAGUCCGCUGCCGAGGACGAGACCCUCACCGAGAUCCUCCCUGGCUUCCCUGAGAAGAUCGAGGGCGAGAUUGUCUUUUGCGACGCCGACAACAUCAACACUGAUGGUAUCUACCCCGGCAAGUACACCUAUCAAGACAACGUCACCACCGAAAAGAUGGCCGAGGUCUGCAUGGAGAACUACGACAAGGAGUUUGGCCAGGUGGCCAAGGAGGGUGAUAUCCUUGUUUCUGGUUUCAACUUUGGUUGUGGUAGCUCGCGUGAGCAGGCUGCUACUGCUAUCCUGGCCAAGAAGAUUCCACUUGUGGUUUCAGGCAGCUUUGGUAACAUUUUUAGCAGGAACAGCAUCAACAAUGCGCUGAUGGGCGUUGAGGUACCAAGGCUGGUGCAGAGGUUGAGGGAGACUUUCAAGGCUGAUGGUGAGGGUAACAAGGUGCUUACCCGGAGGACGGGCUGGAAGUUGGUGUGGGAUGUGAGGAGGAGCAAGGUCACUGUCACCGAGGGUGAGGGUGGCCAGCAGUGGAGCCAGAAGGUGGGUGAGCUCCCGCCAAAUGUGCAGGAGAUCAUUGCGAGGGGAGGGUUGGAGAAGUGGGUUAAGAGCCAGAUUGAGGCUUGAGAUACCUGGUCUUGUAAAGAAGACUGGGUUUGGUUUUUGGUUGUAUAUAGCAUGCAUGUAUGGCCCUCUUCUUUGCAGGUGAUACCAUUGUUUCUGCGUUGGAGGGUGGGCUUUUGGAGGAUUUGUCUUUUGCUUGGUUACACAAAAUUUAUGGUAGAUAAAAAUUGGGGGUUCAUGAGCAGACAGACAAUGGAAUGGAAAACUGAGAUUUUUGAUGAACAA